AUGGUUGAUAAGAAUUGGACAGCCCUGGCGUUUGAUAAGGACUCUAACUUAGAAGAAGAUGUUGACAAAGACCCACGUAAUGAGGAAGAAAAGGAGCUUCUCGCUUAUUGGGCUCAGCUAUCUCAAUGCUACAUGGUGCCUGGCGACAUAGAACCUACACAAUGUCCUUUCUUUCACGGGUUGUCCAUAAAGGAGGUCAGAAACGCUCGACUGAAAAAGCAUUCAAACCAGUAUACUAAGCAGUUUGAUGACCUCAGGUUUAAGCUGCUGAAAUUCGUUGUCGCUGGAGUGACCAGCCAUCUACGAUCUGCAGCAGAAUUGCUCUGUCAGAUUCAAAAGAGAGUGUUUGAUUUCUUCUUGAAUUGUGACUUCAACCAAGAUACAAUUCAUGCUCAAGAUGAGUUAUUUAAUAAGCUAGAACUUAAAGAGCGCGAUUACGUCGUAAAAAUGCGAGGCUAUGUCCAGGAGAAGCUCUAUAAGCUUUCCAAGUUUGUCAAAGAUGGUGUCACGUACAACAGAUGUAAGAUCGCAAGUGAGGCUGCCGAAAUGCUGUUUGAUUCAAUCAAAGUUGGAGAUGUUGUCGGGCGAAAUGAAGUGGUAAAACAGUGCCGCAGACAGAUCAGGGACCUGGUGUUUUUCAAGGCUACGAAAAUAUCGCUGAUAAGAGUUCAAUACAUUAUCUCCGCUAUCACCAACGAUCUACGCAAAUCUCUCGAAGGCUCGCUCUGUGAGGUCGGCAGAAAGGAUGACCACUUAGCUACACUUGUAAGAAGGCAACUGCAGUACAGUUUCCUACAACAUUUUCAGACGCGAGACGUUUGUUCUCAUUUUGAUUAUGCUUUGAUGAAAAGUGGAGAGAGGUUUAUGGACAACGCGAAGAAGGCUGUCAUUGAUGUGUGGUCUGCCAUUCGAGGGAGGGGGACGUAUCUUAACGCGGAAUGGAAGCAAAGUAUCGCCGAAAAUGUGCUCGAUAACAUCGAUUGCGAUGCCAUCGCACGCAGAAUCUGUGACAGGAUGCUAGAGGAUCUGCUGGAAAACGGGCACCAAUUGUUCCAAUUUAACCUGGCUUACAUGAAACAAUGUUGUCAUGCAGCCCUAGAACUGUCUGACGUUCAGAAAAAAUUAGCCGCAGAACAAUCCCCAUAUUUUUCCAGACUGAUGAUUGAGGCCAUUGCUCUUUUCCAGACGCUGGCUUUCGAUGUUCCUUUGAGAGCGGUAGUUGGAGCGCAAAUAGGAAGGAAGGGCAACCGAAGGAAGGUUUUCGAGGACAAAACCGACAAGGAAUGA